AUGGCAUAUGCAGAUCUAAAUCUUCGUCUUUUAUAUCAAUAUGGUAACUGGGGAAAAUCCAGGGGACAAGACCAUGAAAGGUAUGGUGAUGCGAGGAAGAACAACAGCGAACAGGAGGAAGCCCUUAAUGACCCAUAUGAAUGGAACUGGUGUGGGUUUUUAUAUGAAUGGAUAGGAGGUCACGGUAGAGAACGUGGUAAAGCAUCAGCAUUCAUUUUGUUGAUUGCAUAUCUUGACCGACUGAAAUAUAAAAAAACCGCAAAGGGGUGGAGAACGGAUGUGCCGAGGCUUGGUUGUUGGCAGACAAAGGAUGUGUACGAUUUGAUAAAUCAAGAUUCAGGUCCGGAUGGUACCUUUGGUCACGCUGAGGUGGUCCAAGAUGUUUUGUAUGGAAAACCAUGUCCAAUUAAUGUUCAGACGGAGAUACCACCGUGGUUAAAGGACAGAUUGGACACGACAGCUGAAAAACCAGACCCACCUCCAAAAGAAGCAUUGAAAACAGCCCUACGUCGGAGAUUCAAGCAACCAAGUUCAAGCCAGAGAAAGUCCGUCCGUUCAAGCAACGAGCCAUCAACAAUACCGUGUCAAACAAGUCCAAAGGCAACAGAGAAGAACACGAGUCCUGUAGAACAUACAGUGCCUCAAGAAAAUCCUGUUGUUGAGAACAGAGAUGAAAGUAACGACAACGAUAGAGAGUCUGUCAAUAGCUUGGAAAGAAUUGGAAGAUACAUACCAAAACCCAUGGUUGAGCCAACACAACGAAAAAUAUCUGAGAAGGUUCUUGAUCAAAAUAAAUUUGAGGACCAGGUAUUGGUACAAGAUCAGAACCACCUUGUAACACGAGGGAUGCUCUAUCGUUCAUUCAAAAAAAUAGAGAAGUUGACAUGGAGGUUAUGUGUGCUUGGUGUUCCUAUUUAAAUAGCCAGCUUCGUGACAUGAAAAUCUUCACAACAUAUGUGAUCACACCUAAAUAUUGGGAUGAGAUGAUCACCAUGGGUACUGAUGGACCUAAUUUCGUUGAAGCACUUACAUCAACGGCAGACUACAUCAAAUCUGACAUUGAGAAAGGGUUUGUUAUGAAGGAAAUUCGUAAG